AUGUUUGCAAACUUUGAGCUUUAUUCAGGGGGUUGGGUGAACGCUGAGCAGAAACGAAAACGUCGACGGUCUCGAAAGGGAUGCAUUCCAUGCCGGGAAAGACGCAAGAAAUGUGAUGAGUCUCGACCCAUGUGCGGCCAAUGCUCUACGCGUCGGGCCACUUGCCGUUGGCACAAAAUCUCAGAUGACGCGCCUAAUUCCGACGCUGAGGGAACCCAGAACUCUCGAUCACCAGGCCCAAGAAGUUACCAAUCUCCAUCUUCCUCAGUCUCUGAAUUGAUCUCGUCGGCAAGCGAGGCUGGAGGCUUCAGCAACGUAAAUAGUCCAAGCGACAUGGCCGUUGCGUUGCCACUCUACAGCCUGAGUGUCUCAAAUGUGUUUUCCGAAUGCGCCAGAAGCCUACCAUCCUGCUCCAUGGUAGACUUGCUACAGGUGUUUGACCGAGCAACAUCAGGUCAUGAUUUUGGCGGGGAAUAUUCUCUCCUGACCCAGGGAUUUCCUUGGCUCUCGAGAUCUCCAGGCAUGCUCCAUGCUUGGCUCUCAUGUUCGGCGAUGCUCAUCUCACAGUUCCAAACAAGUUGGCGAGCACAUGCGCUUAGGCAGUAUACACAGGCCAUAAGGGAGUUAAGGAGAAGUAUCGAGUAUGGUGUUAACGUGGCAGACGAGUCGACCUUUGCGACUAUCCUCAUCCUCCACGUUUUCGGGAGAUUCGGCGAUGUCAACAGUGACUCGUCCACGGCACACCUAUCUGCAGCAGCCAGGUUGCAUGCCGCCAUCAACCGACCUCCUUCAAAUGCUCACCAAGCAUUGACUGUUGAGGCGUUCAUCUACCAAAUUGCAAAAAACAGUACUUUUCGACCUAGUCCCUUGGAAAACUACGAAGACCUCUCAAAAAUAAUACGGCUUUGGUCGGAUUCUUCUGUGCUUCAGCAGAGUGCCUCCAGCCCUCAACUCAAGACGGUCGGGUUAUCGGCUUUCCUCCCUAUCUGGACCUUUGACAUCAUAUUCAAGGCCUCCCAUGUACUACACAAUAGGUGCAAGAUUUCUCCAGAUGAAAUGAGAAAAAGGCUAAAUGAGCUGCAUUCUCAACUUGACAAGCUACAUCAAGGACUGUCGCCCCCUGACAGCCCCCCGGAAGAGAAAAUUGGCGAACAGAUGGACCCAGAUCAUGCUGACCAACUUAUCCAUGAGGAAGCAGUAGUCCCGCUUGAGCUGAACAAAAGCUCUCUAUGUAAUGACUACACCGACGAGGGCUUCCAUAUGCGACAGCUCUACUUUUUGGCAGCGAGCCUCCUCAUCCUGAAGCUGGCAUGUCCUGCCACUACAGUCGACGACUCGAACGUUACGACAACCUUCAAAUCCGCACUGUUUCAUCUCCGCCACAUCCGAACUGAUAUGCCAUGCCUGCUCUGGCCAAUCACUGUACUUGGAAUUGCCGCUUCGUCAAGUCAAGACAAGUCGGUGAUUAUUGCACACGUGGAGGCAAUGCGUCACUUUGCAGGUGAACGAUCGGCGACGUCAAUUCUGCAAUUUCUGGCGUCGGCAUGGGGAACUCGAGAUACGCCGUCUGCCGUUGAGUUGGAGGACAAUGGUCAGAAAGGCUUGAGAAAGGAGGGAUUUGCGUCCCCAGAUGGGUUUGGCUACUUUUCUGCAGCAGACAGUGCUUUGGGGCUGGACGUGUUAUUCAACGAGUCACUUAUGAGGACAGUCAUCGUGUAG